AUUGGGAUAUAUCACAACCGCUUUACAUGUUGAGCAACAUCGCAGAAAAUGCAGAAUUGGAUUUCACAAAAAUCAUGGCGAAACUGUUGAUUAGCAAUCUCUUCUUCUACACAAAUAACAAUGGCAUGCGAUCAAGCUGCAUAUUGCUGAUGAACUUGAUUCAAAUUCUCAGAAUUGUCAUUUACUUGCAAACCAUGAUCAUUGAAAGCAUACGAAAAUGGAUCAAAUUUCUUGAUAUACCCAUUGGUCCAAUUUACUAGUCAAAUUCAUGAUAUGCCCGCCACUCCCAAGUUCGAAAGCCCAGGAUUCUAUACUUUUCGAUUCCAAACUCUCUAAACCCUAACCAGAGAUCUCGUGGGUUGCGCUGGAUUCUGGAAUCUGGAUAGCCUAGUUCAGCACUGGGUUCGUCGGGAUUGUCUAGAAGCUUAUCAUGUUGAGUGUGUGGCGAAAGAUGAGUCAUUUGUUGAGUCUGGAAACAGCUGGACUUGCAUGUGGCAUUCUUGCUUCAGUUGCCGUAAGAGUUCAAAAUUCCAUUGCUUUUGCUGUCUAAAAGCUGUGUGCGAACACUGCAUUGCUACUGCAGAGUUUGCACGUGUUAGAAGGAACAAAGGGUUCUGUAAUCACUACUUAAAAAAUUUGCACUACUUCGGGAAGAGAAUAUGGAUGUCGACUCUGAUGGGGAGAGGGAAGAUUAGAAUGUCAGAAGGGAAGGGAGUUGUGAUGAAAGGGGUGGUAAAAUCCAACGGGAAGGGAGUUGUGAUGAAAAGGGUGGUAAAAUCCAACGGGAAGGGAGUCGUGAUGAAAAGGGAGCUAAAAUCCAAAGGGAAGGGAGUUGUGAUGAAAAGGGAAGUAAAAUCCAAAGGGAAGGGAGUUGUGAUGAAAAGGGUGGUAAAAUCCAAAGGGAAGGGAGUUGUGAUGAAAAGGGAGGCAAAGUCCAAAGGGAAGGGAGUUGUGAUGAAAAUGGAGGUACAAUCCAAAGGGAAGGGAGUUGUGAUGAAAGGGAGGUAAAAUCAAGAAAAAGAGAUUUUAUUGGUUGGGGAUCAAAAUCACUCAUGGAGUUUCUUGCGUCACUUGGUGAAGACACAAGUAUAAAAAUGUCACAAUAUGAUGUGUCUUCUAUCAUUAAAGAAUACAUCAAUAAACACAACCUUUUUUGCCCCGACAACAGGAGGAAGAUUUUAUGCGAUGAAAGACUGAAGUCUGUUUUGGGGCAGAAAACAGUAUACAGAAAUCAAAUGUGUGACCUCCUCCAACCCCAUUUUAUUGAGAACCUUGAGUCAUCAGAUGAGGACGAACUAGGACUCAGUUCAGAAGCUGAGGAUGAGAAUGUCAUGGUGGCCUGUAAAAAACAGAGAGUUAAUUACAAAUAGGAAAUCCCCGGAAAAGGAGGUGGUGAUCAAUGCUCCACAGAGCUGUUUUGCUUCCAUUGUUUCUGAAAACGUCACGCUUGUCUACCUGAAGAGCCUAGUGCAGGGAGUACUGAAGCAAACUGAAACCUUUGAAAACAAAUUAAUAGGAAGCUUUGUCAGAGUUAAAUUAGACCCUAAUGACUCCAUUCAGCGAAAUUCCCAUCAGCUUGUGCAAGUUACAGGCAUCAAGAAGAUAUCUAAGGGGGAUAACAAUACACAGAUUCUCCUCCAGGUUUCAAAUAUGUCAAAAGACAUUUGCAUCAGCAUGCUUUCAGAUGUUUUCUUCUCUGAGGAAGAAUGUGAAGAUUUGAGUCAAAAAGUGAAAGAUGGGUUACUGAAAAAGCCUACUAUAGUGGACAUUGAACUGAAGGCCAGAAGUCUGCAUGAAGAUAUAACAAAGCAUUGGAUUGCUAAAGAGCUGAAUUUACUGAGAAACCUCAUUGAUCGAGCAAAUGAGAAAGGAUGGAGAAGGGAAUUCUUUGAAUACAUGGAGAAAAGCCAGCUGCUUCAGAAGCCAUCAGAACAGUCGCGGUUGCUACAAGUGGUUCCCAAGGUGAUUGCGGAUGUAUCAGAACUUGAAACUAUGGCCAAUGAUGCCAUUAAAGAAAAUAAACAGGGAGAUGAAAGCUUGCCAAAAUCAAUCCUCCUAGGGAGUUCGGCAAUUUCUGGAGAUAGCUCGAAAGGCAGUGGAUUUUCUUCAGUUGCAAAGAAGAAACGUUCAUUAGCAUCUAUCAUUGAAGAGCUGGAUAGGUUAGAACCAAAAAUUACGAGAAACCAAGAGGCCUCGGCAGUUCAGUUGACUGGGUUGAGUAGCAGUGAUGAUAAUGAUGGUUCAAGGGUUGCAAUUCGAAAGCAAAAACUCAAAGGCAUGGAUACACCUGUGUGGCGUUAUCAGUGGCUAAAUGAAGAAAGAAAUGGGCCCCAUUAGCUGUCAAUGUUGAAACGCUGGAGCGAGAUUAGUCCUUUUGCUUUGAAGUUGAAGGUGUGGAAAGUUGGUCAAAGUUAAGACAAUGCAAUCUCAUUGAACAAUGCUCUUCUCAGGUUUUCCCCAGAAAAUUAUUACUUGAAGUUUGUGGUUUGUCUACCAGAAAUUUCCCAGACAUAGAGAAGCAAAUAAGUAGACUUAACUGUUUUUAAACUUGUUUUGUUAAGUGAUUGUUCUGUUUUUUAUUUGUUUUGGCAGCAUUAAUAGCUUGAACUCGAGAAUAAUUGCAGGAAACUGAAGAUUUCAGAA